AUGCAUUCAGGCCAGGCAGCAGCAGGCACCGCUGGCCUUUCGUUUAUUCAUCCACAGGAUUUAAUUCAAUACAAACAACUGUUUCUAUCUGCUAAUGGAGGAAAUGCAUCCAUUUCAAUGUCUUCUAUUUCCGCCCAGCAAGUAUUUAUGCAAUCUGGCCUGCCUACUACUACCCUUGCAGCCAUUUGGAAUCUGUGUACAGUAAAUGGAGGGCAAACACUUACAUUUGCCGAGUUUGCAUUGGGCAUGUUUUUGGCUAAACUUGCACUGAGUGGAUCUCCACUUCCUCCAUCGCUUCCUCCAGAUGUACAUCAACAGGUUUUGGCGGCAUCUGCUACAUCUGCGCCUGGAUCUGGAUCUGGACCUGGACCUGGAUCUUACUCGGUUUCUUCAGGCUCGCGGUCUGUUUCUGGUUCCUACGGAAGUGCUUCUCCUAACAUUGCUCCUUUAUCACAGCCAAUAAAUUCGCCCUUGAUUCCACAAUUGACUGGUAUGUCCUCGUCUAGUUCGAUCGCAUCGCUACACGGUCCAAAACAGACGUUACAAAUUCCACAACAGUUUCAGCAACAACGGCGAGCGUGGAUUAUCACACCUGCUGAAAAAGCACAGUAUGAUGUCACUUUUAAAACAUGGGAUCCAACCAACUCUGGAUAUAUGGAUGGCGACCGCGCUAAACAAGUGUUUGCGCAAUCAGGACUUUCGCAAAACAUUCUUGCUCAUAUUUGGUCACUUUGUGAUACCCAUCAAAUUGGUAAAUUAAACUCGGACGAGUUUGCCGUUGCUAUGCAUAUCAUUUACAAGAAACUCAAUGGCCACGAUGUCCCAGUGACACUUCCACCAGAACUUGUACCACCUUCUACUCGUGAUUUGAAUGAACUUUCUGCUUAUGCAAAGACAGAGGCGUCCAAGAUGCAAUCUACAAGGAGAAUUAGUCCGUCUGCAUCUCUGUUGGGAAUCAACUCCGAGUCUUUUACUCAAAAACUACCCAGGUCCCUAUCAGGAUCCUUCAACAAGGACAUGCAGGACCAAACUCGUAGCUCUGUUUCUUAUAACUCAAAAGCAGACGAAUCCAGGCGAUUGGAGAGUCUUGCUUUGGUUGAAGCCAAGCGUAAAGAAAUUGCAACCAUCAAGAGUAAGAUUGAAGCAGAUUCGCGCGAGUGUACCAACAUUGAGGUUAAGCUGAAAAACUUGGAAACUCAAAGUGUAUUUGCCGAGGAAAACAUUGUUGAGUUGACCAAAGUCAAAUCUAAAAUAACACCGCAUGCUGGUGUAAGCGGUGUUGGCCCACCACUUUCUGCUGAAGAGAUUUUUGAAUUUGAGCGUUUGGAAAAGUCGACACUUGCUUUAGUUGAUGAGUGCAAACAGCGACAGUUGGAAGUGUCGGAUAUUAAAACGGCCGCAUUGCGGGCUAAACACAUUAGAUUGGCAUCCAACACUCAAGCUUCUGGAACUAAUGUGGGUGGUGAUGUUGCCAACAAGGCAGCAGCUCUUUUGGCUGCUCGUAUGGCUGCACUGGGUGUUGCUCCAAAAGCUCCACUACUUGGUGCUUCCAUGUCUACUCCACUACUUGGUACUCCCACGUCCACUCCGCUUGCACCAUCUGCAUCCACAUCUAGUCUUGUGGAUGAAAUAAGUGCAGUUGAUUUACAGAAAUUCAGUCGACUACAGGAACUCAAUGAGAUUCGCAAUCGCAUUACUAUCUACAGUAACCAGAUUCGAUCCGCGAUUACCAUUCAAAAAGCAUCAUCUGGUUUAUCUAGUUCUGAUUCGUGGAAUCCGUCUGUUUCAGAUCGUGUCAAAUAUGAAGAAGGUGUUGGAUUGGAGAGUAUCAACGCGAUUUCUAUGCUCGGAAAGUUGAAAAAACUGCGUGGCAGAGCCGUCGAUACUAUUGUGACUCCAAACACUCACUUGAGAUCUACUCACGAGCCAAUCGCUUCAUCAUUUACAUCUGAUGUCGCUUACACUACUACUCCUGCUAUAAGUUCGCAUCCUUUUUCAGCUAAUUUGCAAGCAAAUCAACCCUUUGGUGCUGUUCAGUCAGAAACUCCUCGUUACCCAAGCACAUUUGCCAACUCACACUUGGCGUCUCCAUCGCUUCGUUCUCAAUCAGAAAGUAUGGCUAAUGUGCUUGCUCAAGCUGAUGCAGCUACUUUGGCGGCAAAAAAACGAACUUUUAACCGCACUGCUGAUAUAAAUGCACGGAUUGCAGCCGCUACUGCUAGAGUUCCAUCUGUCAGCUCGCCCGUGUCGACUUUAGGCUCAAGUAGUGCUCAAGGAUAUGGUAGUGUUAAUGCAUCAACAAGUUCAUUUGCGUCAACUUUGAAUUUAUUGCCCACGGGUGAAGCUUCAUCUACAGACUUGACGACUACAAUUAUACCAACUGCCAUUCCUACUAACGCGAUCUCUCCAGCUGGUAGACGGCCUCCACCUCCACCUUCAUCGACAUCUCGGCGUGUUUUAUCCAGCCCAUCCACUACAACUGUUCCACGAACCACUUUAGCAGAUUUACCUGCACAGUCUGUUGCUCUAUCCACAGUGUCACUCGAGUCAAAAACCAUUCCAUCCUUGGUGACAUCUACCAAUCCAUUUGACAUGUUUUUAUCUGAGCAACAUAAUGUUCCUUUGAUUUCCACGUCUACAAAUGCGUUUAUGACUUUGACUGGAAUUUCAAGCACAAAUCCAUUUGGCAAUUUUGAAGCUAAAACGUCAGUGCCUGUUUUAGAGCCUGCAACUGUGGUGCCUUUAACUAAUGCGAGUAGCAAAGAGGAAAAUGGUGCCAGCAUUGCCAUGAAGGCUAUUUUCAAACGAGAACAAGAUGAGAUUCAACGCAAAACGGAUGCUAUGGCAUUGGAAGCGCAACGAAAAACAUCUCGUACACCUUCACCCACCAGAAUAGGCGGUACUCGGUCACCUUCUCCAGCAUCAAAAUUGAGUCCAUCCCGUAUCUUGGCACCAGUUUCAGAUACUACAGCUUCAUCUUUAGAAAGUCCAUUGGCUGCAACGAUUACUUCUCAUACAUCUGUAGUUUCUCAACAACCGAGUCCGACGGCUACUGUAUUUUCCAAUAUACCACCACCACCACCUCCACCACCUGUUCAAUCCUUUGCACCUAUCCAGUUGGCAGUGGGCACCGGUUCUACAAAAAGCAUCUCUGCAUCGAUCGAUAGCCCUAUACCGGCUGCAGGUGAUACCACGUCGUUGUUAGCAUCGGCACUUGCUAGUCAUCGCGGUCGUAUGGGUAUUGCUAGUGACACCGAAGACGAAGCAGGAGGUGGCAGUGAUUGGGGCUCAGUAUCUAGCAGAAGUGCAUCUCCCGUAAAACAAUCGGCCAAACCUUUUAAUGUUCGUGCUGGAACAAUUCCGUUAUCGACUGGCAUUUUAAGACCGCAAUCUGAAACCACUACAUCACCAACGUCCUUACCAUCUGCUCGUUUUGUUGAAAAUUCAACUGAUGUACCUGAAACUAUUGAAACAAUCAGUAUACCGGCUGUAUCUGUCGGAAAUAGCGCACCUCCACCUCCACCACCACCUCCUCCAACAGCUGCAGAUGGCUCCGUGAUUUUCAAGCCUGUGUCUAAAACUGGAUCCAAAGUAUCGGGUGGUUUAGAAUCUACCACAGAAAAAGCUCGUCCGACUCCCGCUGAUGUAGGAGCCAAAGGACCAAAUCUGUUUGCUCUUGCUGGAGGUAUGAUGGGUCCGAAUGCUCUAAAAAAUACCAAAAAAGCAAUAUUGAAUACUUCAACUGCCACCACGGCUACAUCUUUAUCUGAUUCUGUCAGUCACACAUUAAACAUGCCAUCAUCAACUAAAACUGAAAAGACAUUUGAUAUAAACACCACGCACGUAAGCAAGAAUACUGCGCUGGAAGAGUGGGAAGUUUUAGGCAAUGCUGAAAAGAGUUCAAUGGCUGAUAAGCAGGCAUCUGAUAUGGUAGCACUUUCUCAGCAUGCGAUGCAAUCUCAAAGCAAUCCCAAUAUUUUUGCAUCUACGAAUACUCUGCUUACUGAAUCUGUAGACAAGUUAAUUGCACCCGAGCAGGUACAACCAUAUGAUGCAUCUGUUCGUCGAGCUCGUUUACUGUUUGAUUUUAUUGGUACACGAGCCGAUGACUUGACUGUUCAUGCAGGAGAUAUCAUUUCCAUUGAAUCUGAAACCGAAGAAUGGCUAUUUUGUUCAGUUGUUACUGAUGGUUCAUCUCAUGAAGAAUCAAAAACGUCAGGAUGGGUGCCCAAAAACUUUGUUGAUUUUAUUACCGAAUCAGAGAUGGACACUCGGCAGCGAAUCAGUCGUGCGCGUGUAUUAUAUGAUUUUAACGCCCAGCAUGACGAUGAUGUUACUGUGACAGCUGGGUUGGUUGUUGAUGUAACAUCCAAGCAAACCUUGGAAUGGUGGCGGGUAAGGACUCCUGCUGGAGAUAUUGGUCUUGUUCCUCGUAAUUAUUUGGAAGAACUUUCCGACACUCAUGAUGGAAACAUUGCAAAUGUGUUGCACGCUGACCAAAACGAUGACGAUUCGUUUGGAGGAAACGACAGUAAUCAUCACACCUUUCAUUCUAAUACUGGACCUCAUGAAUCCAUGCCUUUUCAAAGCAGCCAUCAAUUCCAGUCCAACUCUGCUAAUACUCAUGGUGCUGGUUCAGAUGCUUUGGGGCAUUUUGGACACGCUACAACCAAGUUUGCUUUGCCAGAGUUGUCCGAUUCGCAAAAUGCCGCUUACAAAACUGAUGAUGGCAAAAAAUCCGAAUUGUUGGAUUUUUUGGCAGUUGAUAACGGGUGUAGUAAUUAUGACACUGUUAAAUUAGCACGAGUUUCCAGCGAGGACGGAAAACGUGCUGAUGCUGUUUGUGAAAUGAUUCAAACUGAGCGCAAUUACGUUCAAGAUUUGCACGUAAUCAUCGAGCUUUUUCAAAAACCCAUGGAGUUGUUUGUUGAUGCUCGUCUAGUGUUUGCCAAUAUCUGCCAGAUUUUGACCGUUAAUGAGCUUAUUCUUGCCGAUUUUGAAAAAUAUGCAUCUGGAGUAUCUAGCGAAUCGAUUGGAGAGAUUUUCCUAAAAUAUCUGGAUGACCUUGAAUGCUACAAAGGCUACUGCAGCAAUUUGUCUAAUGCGUCCGAGUUGCUUCAAAAGAUGCGAUCUGAAACCCCUAGUCUUGACUCAUUUUUAAAGGUUAGUCGGUCUACGGAAUGUGGCAUUCUGCCAUUGAUGGUGACUUGUUGCUGAGUUUGGUCAUUUUCCAGUUCUCCGUGUGGAUACACUUUAUUUUGUCAGAAUGCAUCCAUUUCAAUACCAACAUUUACUCGAGUUUUCUUGUUUUAUCAAAUGUUUGAUAAUACCGUACGAGUAUUUUAGCAAAUUAGUUUAGUCGAAACUAUGCUUUGAUACCUAGUUAUUUUCUGUCAAAUAUCUACCAAUACAUGACACAUUUUUUUAUCAUGGAAACUAAACCAUCUACUACUGCAUCCAUUGUCAAGAAUAAACAAGACACUGCUUUAU